UCAGGUAGCCGCGUGAAUAUGUUUUUGUUUACGUUUUCUGUUGUUUCCGGUUUUCUACAACAACUUUCUAGUUACUACUUACAAGUUACGACUUUACAAAAUAGUAAAUAAAAGCACAUUACCAAAUACUCUUACUGAUGCCCGACUUAUAUCUAUCGAGUAUCGACUACUGACUAGUGAUUAUCCAAAUAAAAAGGACACUUAAGAGUAAUAUAAUUAUAUUAUAUUAUACUAACUUUUCCAUAGUAUGUUAUAUUUUAUAUGCAAUUUGGGUCUUAUGAUGUAGCUAUAAACUACACUGACCGAGACGUUAUAACUACAUUUUGGAACUCAUUUACAAGUUUCCAGUGAUACUGUUAUUAUUAUUAUACUUGCCUAACUUAAUCUACCACAAUAUGGACAUUGAUAAACGAAAAAAUGAUUUUUUAACUUCUCACAAUACCUGCUCCGAAAUUGCAGACAUUCAAAGUAAAUUUUACUCUUGGUUUGAAGAUAAAGGGAUCAUUAACAAGCUGCGAGCACACAUCAAAGAACAGAUGAUCACUGCUCUAGAAGACAGCCCUACUUGGAAUACUAGCAAAAGAAAUGUCACCUCCCCAAAGAUUCAGGCCAUCAACCUCUUAGUUGCUGAUUUUCUAAUGAAACAAGAAAAUUUGUUCGCAUUGUCCGUGUUCAUUACGGAAGUACCGUUAUUGUGCAAUUUACAUGAGUUCUCUUCCUAUGUAAAUAGUUUGGGCGAUAGCAUUCAAAAAAUUCCAGUCACCAAGCCUAAUUUUCAAUUAAAUGAUGUUCAAGAUAUUCUAGAAGCAUUAGGCAUUCAACCGAGUUCUGAUAUCUCAGAAUUGACGUGCCAAUACUAUUUUAAUGAAAAACAAAAUCAUUCAUUGUUGGCUUGCCUGUUCAAAUCUAUCUCUACUAUAACAAAUAACCUCAGUCAAUACAAUGAAGUUAAAGUUAACCAAAACUGUAAGGAAACAAACAAAUCUAACAAUAUACAGAGUAAUACUUAUGAACAUAGAUUAAACAGUUGGCUUGUAAGCGUCGAGGAUAUCCUGUGUUCAUUCAAUUUAAACGAAGGACAAAAAAAUACUUUGAAAAUGUUAUUAAAAAAAUACCACCAAAAUAACAAUGCCCAAGAAGCUACUGUGUACAAAGAACACUUAAAAAAACUAGAAAAACAGAACAAGGAAAUGGUUGAAAAAGUUGCCGAUGUAGAACAAAUGCUGGCUGCACAUUUUCAUUCUCGUGAUAAUAAAUUUAUGUUUCAAAAAGAAGAAGUAGAAUAUGCCACACAACAGCUCCGUUUAGAACAACAGCAGCUCUAUCAAUUAAUUAAUAUAUUUGAAGAAAAAGAAAAGUCUAUGCAAGAAAAAUUGAAUAAGUCAGAAGAAGAGUAUAAUAAAAAACUACAAGAUAUUGAAAAUCAAAAAUAUGAAUUAAAAUUAAAAGAAAUGAACAUUUUGAGCCAUGAAAAAAUGUUAAAAAUGGAAUCACUGAAUUGCAUAAAUGAAACCAAAAUUAGCGAAUCCAAUCAAAUUAAACGGCUACAAGAACAAAAUAUUGAUUUGGCAAAACAAUUAGGGGAAAUAAAAUCUAAACUUGACAAGCUUGAAGGAUAUAAGAAAAUUGAGCUGACAUGUUCAAAAGAAGUUGAUAACAACCCUCAAAGAGAUUCUUUGUUGGAUCGAGAAAUGGUAAAAAAAUUGCAAAAUGACAAUGAUGAGUUGCGUGAAUUUAUAAAAGUUCAGCGACAAAGAAUUGAAGAAUUGUCAAAUAGAGCAUCAAAUUUGGCGAAACAAAUUGAAAAAACUCAUCAAGUACCAUUAGCUAAGACAGACUAUGAAACUAGAAAUGUAAAAAAAAAAUUGUGCUUUGUUGACAAUCCCAGUAAAAACAACCAUUAUACCAACCAAAACAUUUCUUCAACAACCACAGAUUAUUCAACAACUGUGUUAGAUUCUGAUAACCUAACAGAAGAUGACAUAAUACAAGAAGCCGAAUCCAGACUGAAAACUUUAGAAAUUAAUACAGCAAAAGUAGAACAAAACUUGAAAAAUUUCCAAAUCAAUCGUUCACGCCACAGCAUAGAUUUCAAAGCAAUUAGAGACAAUAGUAAGUCAUACAACAAAAUUUGUUCAAACUUUUCAGACGACUCCGAUUUAGAUGCAUUGAAACGCAGCAGUAAUAGAAUUAAUUUAAAAGAGCUUGCCAACAAGAUUGGUUAUCAUCGAUCUAUCAGGCGAUCUAUUAACCAUUCACAGUCUGAAUAUGAUACAAGCCCUGAAAUCUUACGAAAUACCAAAUUACAGGAUUAUACCAAUUCUACCAAUAUUUCGCCAAUAAAAAUAUUGUCAUCCAGUAUUGGAGAAAAUUGUGUGCACAAAGAAUCACCUGUAAAUAAAGUUAGUUCAAGAACUGAUUUUCCAAUUAGCAAAUCUAAUUUUCAAACUGAAGUUUCACUGAAUAGAUUUAAUAUAUCUACUCAAAUGCCAAAAGAAAACAAAUUACAAAAUGAAUCAGAUGCAAAAAACAGGCUCCUUCCUGACACUAACAAUGAUGUUCAAAAUAAUGAUAAUGUUGACAUACAAUCGCUUAAACAUACAGAAAAAUUUGAUUCACCACAUAAAAGAACUUCAGUAGAACGAGGUAGUUCAAAUGGAGUGGAUACUGUGUCAAUGAGUAAAAAAUUACCAGAAAGUGAUCACUCAAUUUCAUUUGGUAGCAAUAAAACUGAUAAAUCUUCAGACUUUUGGGCCUAAUAGUAAUAUUUUUUAUUUAUUUUUAUAUAAAAUGUCAAAGUCUUAUGAUUUAUUUUGAACAAGCAUGUUUACAUAUGCCACAGAUAUCAAGUCUUUUUCUUCAACUCCCAUAUGAGACAUCAGGUCUUCUGCAAUAGAUUGUCCAUCCUCGACUGUUUGGC